UUCGUGUAAAAUAUUUCUCUUUAUUUCCUAAACAAUUGAGUCAACAUUCAAAAUUAAUUAGCAAAUUCUUUCGAUGCGUACAUACAUCACAAGUCACAAUAUUUGUAGCGAAAUUGUUUUUCUUUUGUUGCGUGUCCCGUCGAUGAACGUUUAAAACAUUCCAAUCGGAAACAUAGAAAAUUUACAUCAAUCUAAUCUAAGUCAUUUUUGUUAAACGAACAUCACGUUCAAUAUUCAAUAUUGCAAGAAUCAAGUAAAUGUUUACCGAUAAGAUAUAGUUUUAGAAUAUGGAAAAAACAGCUAAGGAUGCAAUUUCCCUUGUGACAAGACAAACGAACGCAGUAUUCAGAAAUCGAGAACCAUGGCAAAUCGUAGCGAUUACUGCCACAUCGGUUUUAUCAACAGUUUGGCUGUGGAACCUUUUAAAUCAGGAUGAGACCAUAUGGGCCCGGACGAAGAAACGUCUUUUCAAAUGGGUUCGCAUCAUUCCAUCUGUUCGCAAUCGCAUUGAUUCUGAACUAGCGAAAACGGAAGAGAAUUUCAAAAAUGACAUCUUGAAAUCCACAAAGGGAUUGGAUUACCUACUAAAGCUGCCAUAUGAAGGGAAGAAAACGACUGAAAUUUUAACUGAACUGGAUAGGUACUUGGCGUUGGGCUCUUAUAACUGGAAAGAUGGCAAAGUGUCUGGGGCUGUUUACAAUUUUGAUGAAGAAGUCAUUGAUCUGUUGACAAAAGUCUACGCUAAAACAAUGCUGACAAAUCCACUCCAUGCGGAUCUAUUUCCUGGCGUUUGUAAAAUGGAAGCUGAAGUGAUCAGAAUGACGGCUACAUUGUUUAAUGGUGACGCAGAAGCGUGUGGAACGAUGACUACUGGUGGCACCGAGUCCAUUUUAAUGGCUUGUAAAGCGUAUCGUGACUAUGCUAGAGAAAUUCACGGUAUUACAAAGCCGAAUAUGGUCAUAGCAACAACAGCUCAUUCAGCGUUUGACAAAGGUGCUAAGUAUUUGAACAUUUUUGUGAAGACUGUACCGGUAAAUCCGGAAACGACUCAGGUUGACAUAAAGAAAAUGGAAAAGGCCAUCAAUAAGAACACCGUUAUGCUCGUUGGAUCGGUUCCAAAUUUUCCGUACGGAACUGUUGACAAUAUUCAAGCAAUUGCUGCACUCGGUCUGAAAUAUAACAUUCCCGUUCAUGUGGAUGCUUGUCUUGGUGGCUUUGUUAUUGUGUUUAUGAAACGGGCUGGUUAUCAGCUUCGACCAUUCGACUUUUCGGUUAAAGGAGUAACUAGCAUAUCAGCCGAUCCGCAUAAGUACGGUUACACGCCGAAAGGUUCCAGCGUCAUUUUGUAUUCGAACAAAAAGUAUCGUCACCAUCAAUUCACAGUCACCACGGACUGGCCGGGUGGUGUCUAUGGAUCGCCAACUGUUAAUGGGUCUCGUGCUGGCGCGAAUAUAGCAACAUGUUGGGCGACAAUGAUCCACUACGGAGAGGACGGUUACACCGAAACAACGAAACGUGUCAUUGACACGUGCCGCUAUAUCGAACGAGGUUUGAGGAAGAUCAAGGGAAUUUUCAUUUACGGAACCCCAGCCACAUCAGUGAUUGCCCUUGGUUCAAAGGAUUUUGAUAUCUAUCGAUUGUCGGACAGUCUCUGCAAGUUGGGUUGGAAUUUGAAUGCUCUGCAGUUUCCAUCAGGCAUUCACAUUUGUGUGACAUUGAUGCACACCAAAAACGGACUGGCUGAUAAAUUUUUAGAUGAUGUCAAAGAAAAUGUCGCCGAACUGAUGAAGAAUCCGACGAAGCCGAUUGAGGGAAAGAUGGCAAUUUACGGUGUUGCACAGACCUUACCGGAUCGAUCGAUAGUCGGUGAAUUCACUAGACGGUAUUUGGAUUCAACCUACUACACGCCAGUGCCAUCCAUCAAAGGGAACUAAUUCGCUCAGUGGAGUGGAAGUUUGUUCAUUGUUUCAUUGUGAUUAGGGUUCCAAAACGAUUUUUUUUUUAAAUUUGUAGUCGACCAAAAAUUUGCUAAAAACAUUUGCUUUGACGCCAUGUGAACACGUCAAGGA